AUGUUUCCUAUCGCGAUCGAAAAUAGUAGACACCAUUCGCUGCCGCCUCUGUUGUUGCCUGAUAUCUCGCGGUUGAGCAACACUGCUGCUGUAGCUGCUGCUGCUGCAGCAGCAGCUACUGCUACGACCGGCUCGUCGGGAUCUACCACCGUGUUUCCGGCGCACGCACGUGCGCUGCUAUACGGCAGCGGCGGCGGCGGCGAAAACGCGACGUUUCACCGCCCGCACGUGCCGCGUCUGCAGCCACACCCGAUGGGCAGCGGCGGCCUAGAGUCGCUCGCACGGCUCGCGGUCGCGCACGAAGAAGUGCCUGUGCCUGUUUCUGUGCCCGAUCCGCACGCGCGCUCUGCGGAAGCCUCUCCAGGCACCGGCCCUGCAGCCGGUGCAGCCACCCUGCGCGGUCCUAAGAGACAGCGUGCAGGACCCUCCUGCGAUACCUGCAGACUCAAAAAAAUUAAAUGCAACGCCCACAUACAAACACUAUGGCAACACGAGUCGCUGGUCAUGUUCAACGGAGACCGCUCGGAGUCGCUGCACGUGGUGCUCGGCCCGGACGAGGUCACGGCACACGUGCUCGCGCUGCCGCACGUGCACAGCGGUGUACGACAAUUAGUGAUGAAUGCUCUUCAAGGACCAGAAGAACAACGUGGAGAACUGAUACGUCACGUGGACAAGCUUGUUUUGUUCAAACCGUGUGCCUCAUGUGCCAAGACGGCCGUCCAAGGCUGUUGCAGUUUUGGAAAGGGAUACACCCGUGCAGACAUUGCGGUUUUCACACGGCUGUGUCGCAAACUGGGGACGCGUGCACAACUUUCAGAUUUUUCCGUCAGCGAUUACCGCGACGCGGGUUACUGA